ACUUCAUCUAAGCGGCACGAGUACGCAAUGAGAUAACAACACAUUAUGUUUAUGAAACGUGAUCUACGAACAAUUACUGUUUCUGUUAUCGUGGACGGUGUGGGCCUUCGUAUUUCCACGGCUCACACAGCAGUACCAUUUCGGCGGUGAUAGUGAUGUUACCGACGGUAAACCCAGCUAAAAUGUGAACUACGCUAACUAAGCCGAUUAAAACAUUAGGACGAUACAGUGUUAACAAAUAUGCGUCUUGAACUAAACCAACUAAAUCGAAAAUAUUUUCGGAUUUUAUAUAUAAUUUCCUUUAUGUCUUUAGCUCUAUAUACAGUGUACGAAUAUGGACGUGUUAUUUCAAUAAAUAAUAUCACAGGAAAAAAUGAAUUGGAUUCAUUAAGUGAUCGUCAGUUAGUAGAGUUUUUUGAAAAUCAACGCUAUCUGAAACAUGAGUUAACAGUGCAAAGUUACUAUGAAAAACGAAAGAGCUGGGCAACCUCAAACUUAGGAUCAAUAAUGUAUAAGAAUACUCCGCAACCAGCGCCCAACAAUAAAACAUUUGUUGUUUUAGUCUGGAAAUAUUAUGACUGGCUGAAGAAUAGACACGUGAAAAGUUUUGAUCAUGGACGCACAGAUCCUCUGGACGAAUGUAGCGUGAAAAACUGCCUUUUCAUCGGUGACAAUAGUAAGAUACAUACUGCUAACGCUGUGCUGGUUCACAUACAACAUGGAGAAAUACCAGCCGUCAGCAACAGGAAUCCCGAUCAGCUCUGGGUGUUCUUGUCUGACGAAUCCCCAAAGAACAAGUUCACGAUGGCCAGGGGUCAACCUAACCUUGCCGAUUGGGAUCACAAAUUUAAUUGGUCCAUGACAUACAGAAGUGACGCAGAUGUCCCUGUUCCGUAUGGAAGAACUUUGGCCCUGAAAAGCCCAUUAAUGCGAAACACAUUAUCUGAAACUGUAGCGAAUUACGUGCCACAUUGGAAAUAUAAGCGGCGAGAUGUACUUGUCACAGUUCUUAUGUCAAAUUGUCACGUAUCGGACCGGAUGCGUUAUUUGAAGUCACUACAGAAACAUAUUAAUGUCACUGUUUAUGGAAAAUGCUCGGAGGACAAUAAAAAAAGUUGCCCCGGACACUUCAAAGAAGACUGUGAGGUUGUGAACGAAUAUUUAUUCUAUUUAGUUUUCGAAAAUUCCCAGUGCCGACAAUAUUUGACUGAGAAGAGUUUUCAUAACGCGUAUAAGAAAGGCGCCAUCCCUAUCAUAAUGGGACCACCACUCGAAGAUUGUGAAAACCUUCUGCCGCCAAAUUCGUUUUUGCACGUCGAUAAUUACGACUCGGCAGAAUUUCUCGCUAAAGACAUUAUGAGGAUAAGCAAGAGUGACGAUUCCCUAUUAGGAUACCACCAAUGGAGGAACGACUUCGAAAUUGUAAACGAGCAUGGAUAUUUUGGUUCUAAAUCCUUUCACUAUUGCAGGUUGUGUGAAGCCUUAAAUUAUAAUAAUCGUACGAGAACUUCGUACAGUUUGCUUGAUCUGGAAUUGUUUUUGGAUAUUAAAAUGCUGUGCAAGACGUAGGUAACAUCACAUUUAUAUGUCUCAUUAUGAGAUGGCAUAGGAUUAUUAAUUAGUUCAAAUUCAUUACUGUAAAGGACUACUGAAUUCCACCAAAAACUAUCUGCAUUUUAAUUUUGGAGUUGAGUUGAGUUGGGUUCUAAACAAGUAUUAAAUAAUGUAUAAUAUUAUCACAAAAAACCUGAACUAUAAUUAUGAGUUUAUUUUCUUAGUCUCUGAAAAAACAAGAACGCUGUUUUUAAAACAAAUACCUAUGUGAAAUAAAGUAAAGCCACUC